AUGGAUUCCGAAUCAGUGAUUGAGUUCCUGGGCUGCGUUCCUCUGCUUCAGAGGCUUCCCAGCUCUUCUCUCAAGAAAGUCGCCCAGCUCGUCAUUUGGAAGCACUACGAUAGUGGAGAGUAUGUUGUUCGUGAAGGUGAAACCGGAGAUGGGGUUUACUUCAUAUGGGAUGGAGAGGCUGAAGUUACUGGUUCUGUUAAUGCUGAUGAAGGCAAUCGACCUGAGUUCAAAUUGAAACGAUACGAUUAUUUUGGUUAUGGUUUUGCAGCAUUGGAACAUCAGGCUGAUGUGAUUGCUUUAUCUAAGUUGACAUGCUUGGUGCUGCCCCAUGAACACUGUACUCUUCUACGGCCAAAAUCAAUCUGGAAUGCUGACAAAGCUCAUGAUACAUGCUCUCUUGUUGAGAAUAUAUUGCAUUUGGAACCAAUUGAAGUAAACAUAUUUAAGGGGAUUACUUUGCCAGAUGCACCAAGAUUCGGACAGGUUUUUGGAGGACAGUUAGUUGGACAGGCAUUGGCUGCAGCAACGAAAACUGUUGAUUGUCUUAAACUUGUCCAUAGUUUGCAUGCGCAUUUUCUGCUUGUUGGGGAUUUUAACACACCAAUUAUAUAUCAAGUUCACCGAGUACGUGAUGGGAAGAGCUUUGCUACUCGAAGAGUGGACGCAAUACAAAAAGGGAUUAACAUUUUCACGAUACUGGCUUCAUUUAAAAAAGAAGAAGAAGGGUCUGUCCAUCAGGAAGCAAAAAUGCCAUCUGUGCCUGAUCCAGAUACGCUUCUGUCAAUGGAAGAAUUACGUGAAAAACGUCUGCUUGAUCCGCGUCUUCCAAGGAUUUACCGAAUCAAGGCAGCUGCAAAGAAAUUUGUCCCUUGGCCUAUAGAGAUACGAUUUUGUGAGCCUAGCAGCUCAACCAAUCAGACUAAAUCCCCACCAAGUUUGAGGUUCUGGUUUAGAGCAAAAGGAAAACUUUCAGAUGAUCAGGCUUUGCAUAGAUGCGUUGUAGCAUAUGCUUCAGAUUUGAUAUUUUCUGGUGUAAGUUUGAAUCCCCAUCGUAGAAGGGGAGUUAAGUCAUCCCAAGUUAGUUUGGACCACGCCCACCACCUCGAUUUUCACCCCCCUCCCAUUCCACAAUAUGGAGACUUAAGACUAAAUUUCCUUAUUGUGUGGGUUGUCAUAGAAGAAAUGGGUUGCGAUUCCAUUAACAAGCUAGAGUUUGGUUGGUCUAUUGCUCUCUUGAGCCAUUCUCAGGUUCAUUUUGAAUCGAUUGGAGGUAAAGAAGAAUGUGGUUCCAGUAACCAAUCAAUCAAAUCUCCAUUUCUGAGACUCACAGGCGACAUUAGAAUGGACCAGCCAGGUGUCGUAUCAGAGGGGAUCAGUGAAAUGGACCUGAGCCAACAGUCGCUUAUAUCUGGCCUUCCAGAUGACAUUGCUCUCUUUUGCCUGGCUAGGGUUCCCCGGAAGUAUCAUACACUCCUAAAGUGUGUUUCAAAAAGAUGGAGAGACUUAGUGUGCAGUGAAGAGUGGCAUUCUUACCGUCAAAAGCACAAACUUGAUGAGACUUGGAUCUAUGCUUUGUGUCGAGACAAGUUGGACCGACUUUGCUGUUAUGUGUUGGAUCCCAACUCAUCAAGAAAGUCAUGGAAGCUUGUUCAUGGACUUCCGCCUCGCGUCUUGAAGAGAAAAGGCAUGGGUUUCGAAGUGCUGGGAAACAAAGUUUACCUGUUGGGUGGUUGUGGUUGGUGUGAAGAUGCUACCGGCGAGGUCUACUGUUAUGAUGCUUCCCUGAAUGCUUGGAGUGAAGCUUCUCCAUUAUCCACUGCUAGGUGCUAUUUCGCCUGUGAAGUAUUGGAUGGAAAAAUAUAUUCCAUUGGUGGUUUAGGUUCAAAUUCAAGCGAUCCACAUUCUUGGGACAUCUAUGACCCUUGCACCGAUAGUUGGAAAUUUCACUCUGACACAAACAUUGUACCUGAAAUUGAGGAUUCUGUGGUCAUGGAUGGGAAGAUCUACAUUCGCUGCGGGACUUCUGCUGUAACUUCUCAUGUGUACGCUGUUGUUUAUGAACCAUCAAGUGGCACAUGGCAGCAUGCAGAUGCCGACAUCGUUGCCGGCUGGCAGGGUCCAGCAGUUGUCGUAGAUGGGACCCUCUAUGUGUUGGAUCAGAGUUCAGGAACCAGGCUGAUGAUAUGGCAGAAGGAGUCUAGGGAGUGGAUUCCUGUUGGGAGGCUGUCAUCCUUGCUCACCAGGCCGCCCUGUCAACUUGUAGCUAUUGGGAAGAAAUUUUACGUUGUAGGAAAGGGGCUUAGCACAGUCAUGUUUGAUGUUGAGAAUGCAGGGAAUAUGGAAGGGGUGAUGGUUAGUUCUUCAAUACCUAAAUUGAAUUCUGAUGAUGAUGUAAUUCGCUGUAAAUGUUUAUCAAUUUGA